UCUGUGUAUCUAUAUAUACGACUUCCCCCAAAAAAAUUCCAACACAAAUUUAGCUAACAAAAUUAUUAUCGUCAUCUAUUUCAUCCUGCAAAAUUUAAUUCUAUCUUAAGAUAAAAAAAAAAAUUGUCAUCAUGGGAGGAGGAACAGAAGCUUUUCCUGAUUUAGGCCAACACUGUCAGCUUUCUGAUUGCAAACAACUUGAUUUUCUUCCAUUCAAGUGUGAUGGUUGUCACAAGGUUUUUUGUGUGGAACAUAGAUCAUACAAGUCACACGAAUGUACAAACUCGGACCAUAACAGUAGAAAAGUACUCGUAUGCGAAACUUGCUCAAUGUCAAUCGAGAUUCCACGAAACAGCACAGGUGGAGAAGCCGAGAUGAAUUUACUUAUAUCGAAACACGAAAAAUCUGGAGAUUGUGAUCCAAAAAAGAAGAAGAAACCGACUUGUGGGGUUAGACGAUGUAAAGAGAUCCUUACCUUUUCAAAUACAAGUACUUGCAAGUCUUGCCAAAGCAAGUUUUGUUUGAAACAUAGGUUUCAAUCGGAUCAUGCGUGUAAAAGUACUAGUACGCCGGCCGUGGCUGCUGCUGCUCGUGCCGGUGGUAGAAUCGGGCCGUUUUUGGUUGCUUUGGCGUCGAGAAACGGGCAAGAUUGUACAAAGAAGAGUAAUGGGUCUAAAUUGGCUUCUAAGCCUUCUACAUCUAUCAAAGCUUAUUAAGAUUGUUGAGCAUGUUUGUGUUUUGAACAAGAUUGUUAUGAAUUAAUUGUAAUUCAAUGCGCUUUAAAAGACGUAAAUAAGGGGUGUGUUUAGUUGCUUA